AUGGCAUCAGGUCACAGUGGACACUUCAUCGACCAGGAUUUACCACCUGACAUUGUGGAGGCUGUACUUCCUUAUUUAUCAUCUGAAGACAUAAAAAAUCUAUCAUUAACUAACAAAUACUUUCAUAGGUUGCUGGACUUCGAAAGAUCGAGCACUUUAUGGCAUGAAUUGUUUCACAAGGCUUUUGGAUCUACAAACUCAAAUGACGAACCACUCAUAUCGAAAGGCAAUCAGGGAUUUAUGAGCUGUUGCGAAGCUAUAAUGACGAACAAAAACCCAGAUAAAACUUGGCUUGCCCUGUAUAAAUUGCGAUCGAAUGAAGCUAAUUUUUACACCUGGGGAUGUCUCAAACAUGCCCGAUUGGGAUAUACCGCAGUAUCUCAUGGAAAUUUACCCGAGGUUUACAUUAAUAAUGCUGGAAUGCGAUUGAAAUUUGGCAUCAACACGCCGGUUAGAGUUCCAGGCCUGGGGGACGCAAGCCCAACGAAUUCCAAGGAAUCAAAUAAUGAGCAAGAUUUACGUGAUGAUGAUAACACUAUUGUACAGAUAUCUGCAGGGGGGUUUUCGUUUCAAAUCCUUACCAAAUCCGGAAAACUGUACUCGACAGGAUCAACAUACACUGGUGGGCAUAAAGGUCCGGGACCCAAAGAUGGCGAACAUGAUCACAACCCAUUCCAAGAAUUAGCUGCAAAUGUCGAGCGGAACUUCACUCCGUUGAGAGGUAUUCCAAUUCGCAUCGGUGGUGUUUUUCCAAUCAAUACUACCGGUGUAAUGCCUCAUCGUCUCCAACUUCCGCGUUCUAGAAAUACAGCAGUACUAGAAGAGCCCCACGAGGAUAUCUAUGCGAGAUUCCAAGAUUUGCAAAAUAAGGCAACGGAAUUCUUACCAGGAAAUAAGCAUAUAAGACGCAUGUUUGUUCGCGAUGAGCUGGAAAUAUAUCAGAAUGCGGCCCUAGACGCUGAUACAAGCAAAUCUGAGAAAAACCUAGAACCCGUAAAAUUCCUAGCACUCUCAUCUGGUAGAUCUCAUUUUCUCGCUUUAAGCACCAAUAAUGAGCUCUAUUCAUGGGACGGGCCAGAAGUAGAGCAUGGUAUUAAGAUAAAUCUUGAAAACAUUUCUGAUAGUAGAAAAAACCCCAUUUUGAAAAUCGGCUGUGGAUGGAAUUUCAGUUGCGCACUCGUUUAUGAAGUGGGACUUAUUAUUUGGGAGAAUCGCCAACCAGUAAAGAAGGGAGAAGGGUUUUCUAAUGCUAAUUACAAGAUAAUACCAAAUACAGCUGAAAUUAAUGGUGAUAAAAAGAUCGUAGACUUUGCCUGUUGUGCUGAGGAUUGCGUAUUUUUCAUAAAUGCCACCGGCGAAGAAUUGUGGCUAUAUUCUAGAGGGGCCACAAGAUCGGUUAAUCUUCCAAUUGAAGGAAAACUGGAAAAAAUAGAGGGCAGCUACAGCACUUUGGCUUUGUUCACUGACGCAAAGUGCUACACAAUUGAGGUCCAUAACGGCGGAGUUUCACAUGACUCUCUACAAUUAAUGGAGGUUGAAGAUACCAAUGACAGAUUCAUUUCUUUAUCAACUGGUGAUUACCAUGCUGUAGCAUUAACUUCAACUGGAAAAAUCUUCACAUGGGGUCUCGAAAGUGAGUUAUGUGGAUGCUUAGGACUAGGUCCGAGUAAUCAUGUUGUUUUGGACAGACAUGUUGGUGUGUUUGAAAAUAACAGGAGUAUAAGGGUUACUAAACCAACCCAGGUCCUUCUUGACUCAGACUAUACCUGCGUCGCAAUCACUGCUGGUGGAUGGCAAACGGGUGCGCUAAUCAUCAAGCAAAAUUAA